CUCUUUUAAAGGUAAAAGCAGUGAAAGCAGGAGUUGUGGCCAUCAGAGGUCAUGAGACUGGACUAUACCUUGCAAUGGACAAAUGUGGAAGACUUUAUGGCACCGCUGUGCUGAAUGAAGAGUGUUUCUUCAUUGAGAAGAUGGAGGAAAAUCACUACAACACAUACCGUUCGCAGAGAUAUCAGGACAACGGAGACUGGUUUGUGGGCAUCAGAAAGAACGGACGGACAAAAGACGGCUCCAGAACACACAAGGGCCAAAAUGCAGUCUACUUCCUACCGAUUCCAGUGGAUGGCAGCGUACAGUAACAUUCAGCUCUUCCAUUUAACACAAGAACUAUGAAGAUUUGUAAAUACCAAACAUAAAUGUGGAGACAGUGCUUAGUUAGCUAUUUUGUCUUUAUGUGAAACUGGUUAUUAGAUGUUAGUUGACUGUUAUGUUUAUAAAUUAAAUUAACAGAUCAAGGAAUUUUUCACAGUAUGUCCUAUAAUAUUUUUUCUUCUAGAGAAAGUGUUUUAUUUCGGCUAGAAUAAAAGCAGGUUUCUUUUUAAAAACAUUUUAAGGUCAAUAUUAUUAGCCAGCAUUAUUUUAUCAAUUUUUUUUGUCUAAAGUCAACCACUGUUAAACAUUGGCUUCCAUAAUUACCCUAACUUUACCCUAAUUAACCUAGUUAAGCCUUUAAAUGUCAACAUGACAAAGAUAAAAUAAAUCAGUUAUUAGAGAUGAGUUAUUAAACUAUUAUGUGUAGAAAUGUGCUGAAAAAAAUCUUCUGUUAAAUAGAAAUUGGGAAAAAAAAACAUCUACAGGGGGCUAAUAAUUCAGAAGGGCUAAUAAAUGUACAGUUUAUAUGUACUCAGGGCUUUACAUCAACACUUGCCAACCCGCCAAAUGUGGGUAGAUUCCGGUUGUGGCUCAUCGUCACUACAGAUUAGACUGUUAGUUUAUGACCGUUUGUCUAUAUGCGCACUAAUGUGAUCUUAGAAUCGAGAAGCAGCACGACUGACAAAAACAGCUUGUCGCCGAGCAAAGGAAAGCAGGUGAAUAACGAAUGAGAGGAUCACAUGCAUGGUGAGACAGGCUUUCCUCACUCACUGACGAUGGCUUAACGCCCCAUUCACAUGGGGCAUCAGCGUCAAUGCUUUCUAUACACUUUGGGUGACGUCAGGCAUUGCCGAUCUGCAUUGUGGAUCCGUCGGCGCGGCUUCAGAGGCGUUGCUCGCUGCAGAGAUUGGAACUAGCUCAACUUUUCAAGCGCCGACUAAAGCGUCAGCCAAUCAGAUCGCUGUAUGCAAAUACACCAGCUAGACAGUGGCCUAUUGCUGACUGAAUUUCAUUGGCUGAUGCUGCUAUGAAGAUCGCUUCAGCCCCAACUUCAGACACGCCUUCAGUCAAGCGUUGAUGCUGAAGCCCCGUGUGAAUGGCGCGAGUGUUUGAAAGCUCUAGUGAAACAAAACUAGUGCGAUGCUCGUGCACCCACAGUCCUUCAAGAACUCGAGAUUCUUUGUAAGCAGCAGCAGUUGUUGCCGCUUUCGCUUUAACCAUUCUUUGAACAGAUUAUUAAUUGGCCUAACAUUAACCGUGUGCACGGCAUCAUCCUGUCAUUAACGCACACAGAAUAUUUUUCACCCGCCUUAUUUGCUUGCUGUUAUUUUUGUUAAUAAAGUUUAAUAAUCAUCCUUUACAAUAAUAUUGCUUUAAUAUGUUGUUGUUGUAUGCAUAUAACUGGUGAUCUGGGAUAUUGAGCCAGAACAGAUCACUGUGCAUAGUUUUAAAUGCGUGAGAAUAUAUAUAUAUAUUUUUAAAUGUCAGCUGUUUUGUUGAAUAAAAAGUGUAUGUAUACAGCA